GAAAACACAAGGGAACAAGAUACAUCACAGAAGAUCUAAUCAGAAGAUUGACUAAAUGUGCCAAUUUUGCCCUCGUGCGUACUCUGGAUCUGUCCACAUCUAUGACUAAUGACAAACACUUUAGGUAUAUUGAAAACUUGGACAAGUGUGAACACCUGCAGGUUCUCAACCUCAGUAACAAUGGGAUUGAACGAAUCGAGAAACUUGAGAAACUAUGCAAAUUACGAGAACUCCACCUUCCCAAUAAUGCAAUACAAAAAAUUGAAGGUCUAGAGCACAUGCCAUGUCUUCAGAUUCUGAAUUUGGCCUUCAACAACAUUGAACAUCUACCGAUGUGGUUGGCAAAGAAGCUUAGAUCCCUUCAUACUAUAAAUCUACAGAGCAACAAGAUAUUCUCGCUUCACGAGAUGGCUAAACUGAAGCUUCUGAAGAACCUGACGAGUCUCACGUUAGCAGAGAACCCUGUUGCAGGCUUGCCCCACUAUCACCUCUUCCUAAUCUUUCAUCUGAGGUCACUGGAGAUUCUAGAUGGGCAGCCAAUCAGUGCACAGGAAAGAGAGGAGGCCCAUCAGCGUUUUCACAUGGAGGAGGUGGAGCAUCUGGAACAAGAGCUUGAGUUGAAGGCUGAGGAGAUUUCCAGGUUGCAGAGAGAGCAGACAGCAGCACUGGAUGAAUUGGAGAGGCAGGAAAGAGCCAAUCAAAACCUGAGGCAGAAAAACCAGGAGCAGCAGCGCAGCUACGAAGAGCUCAGGAGAGAACUGGACACUAAAUCUGAAUUGCUGAAGCAGAAGACUGUGGAGUUGACCCGGGCCUGUCAGAAACACUAUGAGCUGGAGCAGGAAUUGGCCUUUCAUAAAAUAGAUGCCAAAUUUGAGCCUCUUCCAUUUGGUCCAGACCCUCAGGUGGAGAUGGAGAACCUGUCUAGCGAGAGUCCUUACAUAGGAAAGGCUUGUCAGAAAAGGAAUAAACUGAAUAUCGUUUUAGAGGAGAGAGGUGCACAAGACCAAAAGCAGCACCUGACAGAAAUAGAUGCCCCGCGACAGGGUGGCGUUUCUAGAAAUGUCCAGUUCAAAGCUGAGGAGCGAUUGCAGCAAUUACAUGAAGAAAUCGAAGAAAAAGAAAAGCAAAUUCUCAGAGUCAGCGAGGAGCUUCGGCAGCUGGAGGAGACAGUUUCUCAAAGACGGAUCGUUGAGGCGGAGAAGGAUCAGCUCAGGCAGGAGCUUCAGAGAAGGAUACAGAGGCUGGGAGCUCUUAGAGAAGAGAUGAAGAUCCUGGAAAAACAACAAGACAGACAGAAAACAGAGAAGAAUCAAGCCCAGAAUGAAAUGGAAGAGCUGCUGAGUGUUUUACAAGGCCUGGAUCCCAGUGACCCCAGAUAUGACCAUGUGAAGGCUCAGCUGUCUAAAAUAAAACAGCUGCUGGCCAUCAUGAGCAGAAAACACCAGGAGCUGGAGAGCAGGUUGGAUGAUAUGAUCACACGCAUCCACAAUGAAACUCAGGAAAUUAAACAAUUGGAGCAACAACUUACUGAUGGUCAAAUAGCUGCUAAUGAGGCGCUCAAGCGUGACCUGGAGGGCAUCAUCUCAGGUCUCCAGGAGUAUCUGCAGGGAGUUAAGGACCAAGCACGAAGAGCCCAGUCCCAAUGCAGGCAUCUGCAGAGGGAGAAUGAGGCUCUUCAGCGCCUCCUUCGUGAGAAGGAACUACUUUGCACGCAACUGGAGACCGAAGCACUGAAUGCCGAGAGCUCCCAGAAGGAGCUUAAGCGUCAGCAGCAGGAGUUGGAGGCUCUGAGGAAGGAGAAUGAGGAGUUCAGGCGGGCUCAGGGGCAGGUCAGUGAAUAUGAGACAGAACUGGAGAGACAGUGGCAGGAGAGAGAUAGUCAGGCCACACAACUGCAGGAGGAGCUGGACAGACUGCGGCGACUCAGUCAGAUGGAGCACUCUGCACUGCAAGCAGAGCUUCAAAAGGAACGGCAGGCUAAAGAGAACGCUUUAACACAGAUGCAAAUGGCUGCCGACAGAGAACUGGAGAACGGGGAACUACUGCAACAGGUCAACACCCUACAGGAGGAGAAAGACUUCCUUAAAGAGAAGGUAGAUGCACUUCAGAGUGAUUUGGAGCAGGCCAGGGCCAAACUGCUGUGUCCAGUCCGUUUGAUGAAAGAUCUCGAAGAGCUGAAGAGAAGCAUAUCUGCAGGACAGGAGGAACUGAGCUUUGAACACCUUGGAGAAGCAGUGAACAAGAGUUUCAUGGAGCUACAACAGGAAAUCCAUCGUUUAGUAUCAGCAGCCCAGAGAGACAGAGAUGAAGCCCAGCAGAGCCAAGACGUGCUCACUGGAGAGGUGAGAUCUCUCAGAGAGAGACUCAGGAGAUACCAGGUGGAUCAGACUCAGCAAGCAGCAGAGAGGCAGAAUGAGGAGGCGGAGCUCCAAAGAUUGAGGGAGGAGCUAGAAGAUGCCCAUGAGCAGCAGUACUUGAUGCUGCAGCGCCUAGAGGACACAGAAAUCGAAAGGGAUCGCCUGCUUGCCGAAUUAGAGGAGCAAGAUAAACAGAUGAAGGCUGAGGAUAGCCAGACUCAAGAGCAGUUUGAGAAGCUCAGAAGAUCAUUCUCCACGGCUGACAGAAUGGCUGCUCAACAACUCAAUGCCGCCAAAGACAAACUUCACUCUCUCCACAGCACUAUAGAGAAAAUACAUCUGGAGAGAACAGAGAAUGAAGAGGAGCUUGAGAGCACCAAAAUUCAGGCUGCUCAAGCCAUUCAGGGUUUGACUAAUGCUGAAGCAGAGAUCCGGGUUCUCCAGAAGCUUCUGAGAGAUAGGCUUCACGAGACAGACAGGAACCCACGCAACGUCUCAAACUUUCGACAGCAAGAAUUGGACAGAUUAAACCAAAGCCUGAAAAAACAACAAGCCCAGACCAAACGCCUCAGAGGUCAACUUGCUCAAGCCAACGAAGCUAACAAUGAAAAUCUGCAAGAGCUGUUGGAAGAGAUCGGAGCUUUGCGGGAAAAACUGCUGCAGCAGAAUAACUACCUGUCCAGUUUAGGACAUCCCAGACCCAACACUGGAUACUGGUACUAUGUACCAUCAAACCAAAAUGCUCCUAGUCUGGGAUCUCUGGGAACACAAGACUCAGGAUUAGACUCUGUUCUCCAUCAUUCCCCAGAAAAAGGUCGGCGGUCCAGUCACAGAGCACACAGGGAUAGAAGACCACCUGUUAAUGGUGGAUACUGGGUUUAUUCCCCACAUCCACACACUCGUGCCAGAAGAGAUGCUCAGAUGUUCAGAGACAGUGGAAGAGAAAGUGAUGGGGAGGGUGUGUCUCCUGUCGCAGGCACUGCUGGGUUUACUCUCCCUGAUAGUACCGCUCCUCCUCCUCCUUCUAGCUCAGUUAUGUACAAUCACACUUUACCUGGCCUUCCCAUUGGAUCAAGUACGGUUCUGUAUGGGCCGCCCCCUGAUGGAGCCAGGCUUGUAUACGGGCCUCCUCCUCCCAGCAAUCUUACUAUUCCUCUGGUGCCCAAUGGAACGCUGCACUGUAAUGUGCCUGGACAUCAGGAUUUGGAGCGAGAUCUUAAGAACGCAGAGUGCAGACUGAGAGAUGAACAUGCCGAUAGACUUCACGGUGAGAAAGCGCAGCUCGCACUGCGGGAGAAAACAGCAGAUCUGCAGAGGGAAAUCAAACGUCUGCGCAGAACUGUCCACACGCUAAAGCACCACACGAGCAGGCCGGAAAGCUCCACAUCUCAUACAGAGGAGGAGCAGUGCUUGUCAGGAGAGGUGGAGUGCGUGGAGAAGACCCUUCUGAAGCGUAGAGCCGAGCUCAGAGAGGCUGACCGACUGCUGCUUGAGGCCGAGACAGAGCUCAGAGACACCAGAGCCAAAACUAAAGAAAAUCUGCAGCGUUACAAUGAGGCCAGGAGACAAGUGGAGGAGACAGAACGAGAGCUGUUGGAGAUGGAACGGAGAGCUCGAGACAGCGCUACAAAGCUGGUACACGGCAAACAACAGCUCAGGAAUGUUCAAGAGGAAGUUCUGGAGCUACAGAAAAGGAAACAGGAACAUGAACACACCCUACAAGAUGUGGAGGAGAUAAUCACAUGUCGAGAUGCAAAGUUUCAAGAAGUCAACAGAAAGCUGGAGCGAGCGACUGACAGACUGGAGGCCGUACAGAAUGAGCUGAAUGAGAGCCAGAACCUUGAGGCCAAACUCCUUCAAAGCUGCAAAGAGGCGGAGAACAGCCUAACACAACGUCAAACACAACUGGACAUGAUCAGCACACAGGUGAAGUUACGGCAGGAGGAGCUUUCGUUGCUGGAUAGGAAGCUGGAGCAAUGGAAACAAGAAGAGGAGGUGCUAAGGGUUAAUGUGGAGCAGCACAGGCAAGGACUGCUAGAUGUGCUCAGACAAGGAGAGGAGGACGUCCAAACCUUACACCAGCGCAUUCAGGAGCUACGUGUGGAUGUGCAGACUUUGGCCGUGCAGAAGGGAGAGCUGGACUCUCAGCUGACCGAGGGGCGGAACAGACUGACGCGGUAUAAGAAAGAUCAGCAAGAUGAGGAGGAAACCCUGCAGAACCUCAGAUCAACUGUCAGCAAACAUAAAGCAGAGCUGAAGCACGUGAUGGAAAUGGUCCAGUUGGCAACUGCGGAAUUGGAGGAUGUGAAGAUGCAACAGAACCAAAAACUGGACCAGCUUGAAAAGGGCCAAGAAACUCUCCUACAGGUGCGUGCAGAGCUCCAGCGUGUCCAGCAGGAGUUGAAAGGGCAGUAUGGAGAGACUGAAAGACAGAUGAACCUGCUGGAGAAAGAGAGAGCGGAUCUCCACGCGUUCCAACAACAGAGUCUUGAACUACAACGGCAAACAGAGACGGCAGUCAGAGACCGGAGCAGCUUGCAGGAACAGUGCAAAAACCUGGAAGCCAGACGUAUGCAUGCGCAGAGAUGUUUGGAGGCUGUGGAGAAAAAGGUGAGGAUAGCAGAGACAGAGCUACUCGAAAGAAAGGCAGAGCUCGACAAACUUCAGCACGACCGGAAACAUGCACACGAACUCAGCAGAGAUGCCGCAGCCAAGCUCGAGGAAGAGGUGAAUGGAUUAAAGAAACAACUUGUUGAAUCUCAAACUCAGUUGGAUGAGAUCAAAGAAGAGGUGAAGGUGGUGAAGAAGCAGCGAGAUGAUCUCGCAAAGCAGCAGAAGGAUCGAAAGGUUGAACUGCUGGAGAAAGAGGAGAAGAUCAGUAGAAGAAAACAAACACUGGACAAACUGGGCCAUCAGUUACGGGAGCUAAAGGCAGAAGUAGCCGAGAAAAAGACACAGCUUGAAGAAUGUGAAAAGCUGAUCAGGGUACAGCAGCAGGAGAGCAGUGAUCUGGAGCAGCAGCAGCAGAGACUGAAGCAGCAGAUGUUGCAGUCGCAGCUGCAGGCAGUAGAGGGAGCUCUGGCACUGAGACUCGAGCAGGUGCAGCCGCUCACGGAUGCAGCUGCAGAAAUGCAGGAUCGUGCAUGGCACCAAAGGGAACUGCUGACUGUGCAAAGAAAUGCUCAUGAAAACCAUAAACAAGACAGAAUGCUGCAGAAACAGCUCGGCACGUUUUCCCAAGGGCUGCUCGGCUUUAAAGACACUGAGACAAAAUCCCAUCUGUCCUUUGAGGACAGGACUGUAAGGUCACAGUUAGGAGAGGAGUUAAGGGAGCUCGAGUCGCCAUCCAGCACCUCCUCAGACACAGACAGCCUGAAAGAGAACCAUUUAGCUGUGAUGAAAGCAAGCUACAGUACUAAGGAUGAGCAGUGGCGUGGAGAAGCACUCAGGGAGAGAUUGAGACACCAAGAAGAUCAUUUAAAGGUCCAGCUGCGCAGACGCAUGUUCUCCCAGCAGGAAGCUCUGAGUCAACGCAGACUGCAGGCGGAGGACAGCAUCGAGGGUUUGCGCAGACAUGUUGAUAAGUUGGACCAGCUCCUGAGCAACUCUACCAAAGAGCAGGAGGGAUGUCUCACUAAAAACGGCAUUGUUAGUGAUCAGAUGAUGAAACCAUGUGGUUACAGAGGUGGGCAGAUCUGGUCAGAGGAACCGUUAUGACGAAAAGAACGUUGGGAGCUCCGAGUCACAUUAACGUGACGGAUUCUUGUGUUGGUCACGGUAGUGGCUGGAGGAGUCUCAGGCUUGUUUAAACCAAAUUAAAGUUGGAUGGCUUCAGCACUUUCCAUAUACAAAUGAGGGAACUGAAACUUGAGCUUAAAAAUGCAGUGAAGGUUAACUUUCUACCUCACUCUGCAUUUUGGCUGUGGUAGAGAUUCUUUUUAUUUAUGUGCCUUUUAUUUAAUAUCACAUAAAGAUUAUUUUCUGUUUACAGGCCAAAAUAAAGAAACCAGAAAUAAGGUUUCGCAUGUUAUAAUGUGAUAUAUAUAUAUAUAUAUAUAAAACCUUGUAUUUAUGAUAUGCAGAGUAUUUAUUACAUCACUUCUAAAAAAGAGGCGUUUCCCAAUUUUGGGGCGUUUUCAUACUGGGAUUAGGCGUUUUUAACCACCUACAUUAGUUUGAAAAUGCCCUAAAAUUGGGAAACGCCUCUUUUUGUUCCGCAGAGACCUCAUUCUCAAAAAUGCAUUUGGGAAUCGCCCACUCAAUUUGAGCCAAUCAAAGAGGUGAAAAACACCUACUUCAUUUUGAAAACACCCAAACAUUGGGAAACGCCUCUUUUUGUUCUGCAGAGACCCCAGUCUCGAUAUACGGUGCGGACAAUUGUAUGUUUGGACAAAAACACUGUCUACAGUAUUGUCUUUAUUAACAUAAUUACAAACAAAUCUCACUUACAGAAGACAUACUCGAGUUCAAGAGCAGGUUAAUUUUUGCCGUGUAAAGAUGUCAUUAAGACAUGAAAAAGCAAGACAGUAGGAGCGAAAUAAAAAUGGACUCUUACAAAACAACUCCACGUCUAAAAUCUACCAUAAUACACAAAUGUAAUAGAAAAAUCAUAUUCGGAGUGUGUCAUUUUGCCUUUAAACCUGUUUAACGCAGAUGUGCGUCUAUGAAAUAAACAACUGCUGGUUGCAUCAAUAGCCCAUUAUUCAAAUCGAUGACCUGUUAAAUAAAUCCGAGCUGAGUUUUCCCACAAAGAUGUUUCACAUGCUUCUUACAUUUUUGGGAGGUUUAUAACUCCCGCUGGAUCUGGGAAAACCAUGAUGCCUUUUCAAAGCAGUCUUAUCAUGCGUCAUGCUUAAAAAACAA